GGCCCGAGGGCCCCGGGCCGCCUUUUGUCUGGGCUCCCUUGGGCUUCCCAAUGAGGACGCCGCCUUUGUAACUGGAAAUGAAAUAAUGGCGACCCGCCGGACAGGGCCACCCGACGGAGAUGGAGCCCCGCAGCCGCCCCGCGGGGCGCCGGCCGGAGAGGUGUCAAAAAAUAAAGAUGGAAAAGAUCAGAGUGAAGCAGCCUCUCCAUCGGAGGAUGAACCAUUCGCGUGGCCGGGUCCGAAAACGGUUCUAUUGAAGAGGACGUCCCAGGGCUUUGGAUUUACAUUACGGCACUUUAUUGUGUACCCGCCAGAGUCUGCCGUUCAGUUUUCGUAUAAGGAUGAAGAGAAUGGAAACAGAGGAGGAAAGCAAAGGAACCGAUUGGAGCCAAUGGACACCAUAUUUGUCAAACAAGUGAAAGAAGGAGGACCUGCUUUUGAAGCUGGAUUAUGCACAGGUGAUCGAAUUAUAAAAGUCAAUGGAGAAAGUGUUAUUGGAAAGACCUAUUCUCAAGUAAUUGCUUUAAUUCAGAACAGUGACAGCACUUUGGAACUUAGUGUUAUGCCAAAAGAUGAAGACAUCCUCCAAGUGCUACAGUUUACAAAGGAUGUCACAGCACUGGCUUACUCCCAAGAUGCCUACUUGAAAGGCAACGAAGCCUACAGCGGCAAUGCCCAUAACAUACCAGAACCACCCCCGAUUUUGUAUCCAUGGAUAGCAGCUGCCUCGUCCGGGAUGGCAGAGGCCCUUGAGGUAUCUCCUCCCGAAUCUUCAUGGGGGAAGCAGCAAACCCCCGCCCCAGUACUGACUCAACCAGGACGCGUCUAUAAAAUGGAAAUACAAGUGCCUCCGUCACCAACCGGUAUUGCAAAGUCCAACACAGCCGUAUGCGUUUGCAAUGAGACCGUAAGGACUGUCAUUGUGCCUUCUGAGAAGACUGUAGAGCUGCCCCCUAGUAGAACCAACCACACAGGCCCGUCAAAUAGAACUGAAGAAGUGCGGUAUGGCCUGAGCGAUCAGGCCACUUUAAAAAUGAUGUCGAGGACUGAGCCACCGUCAUCUUCAGACUCUUCCGUUCGUUUAGUUCACCCGACUCCAGGUCCUAGACCCGGAGACCCCGCUGGGAUUCCACUCAAACCCGGAAACUAUGGUGGGCAUCCAGAUAGGCUCCCAAACAGUAGCCCUCAAGGGGUGGACUCCCCCUCUGUUGCAACCAAUCACUAUUCUCCAAAUUCCCAUCAGCACAUAGACUGGAAAAACUAUAAAACUUACAAGGAGUAUAUUGAUAACCGGCGUUUGCACAUUGGCUGCCGAACGAUACAGGAAAGACUAGACAGUCUAAGAGCAGCCUCUCAGAGCACACCACAUUAUAGUAGUCAGGGGGUGCCAAACCGCACUGCUCUGCAGGUGCGACGCAGAAGCACCUCUCACGAUCGAGUCCCUCCGUCAGUUCAGGUCCGUCAACGCAGCGUGUCCCAGGAGAGGCUGGAGGAUCCCGUCCUGAUGAAGUACUGGCCCAGAAGUGCCUCCCAGGGGGCAAUAACAUCCUCUUCGAUUAGUUUCCACAACCAUAGGACCCGUUCGUGGGAUUAUCUUGGGGGCCAGGGGGAUGCUGUAGAGAACAGCAGUGCUGAGCAUCUUCCCCCCGAUUCAAAUGGAGACAAGAAACAGACUUACAAAUGGACUGGGUUUACUGAGCAGGAUGAUCGGAGAGGUAUUUAUGAAAGAUCCAGAAAGCAGGCGUGUCAUAUGUCUUUUCGGGGUUCGAAUUUCCCCGGGCCUUCAGGUGUUUUUCAUUCGGACAGUACGCGGAUAAGUGGGAGAGGAGUGGGAUCUAUGUCUCCGUUCCAAAAAGGUCCCCCGGAUAAAGCACCCCUGCAGUCGACCAGGGACUUCCAAGCUUCUUGCGGAAUGCCUCCGUCCAGGGGUAUUUCUCAGGACAGGUCACCGGUUCUGAAAGGCAGGAGUAACUCGCCAAAGGCCCCUCCUAUAUAUGCGGCCAAACCCUCAGUGAACCAGAACUCGUUCAUUGCCCCCCACGACCAAAGACCGGUAAAUCACCCGCAUCCGAGUAACCGGCUAAAUCAACAAUCCAGGUUGAGAGCCGAAGGGGCCGCAGACCACAAAGUGGAUCCUGGGAAACCGUCCCCGUCGUCUGUGGCUUCCACCAGGCCUGUUCUUCUAGCGAGGGAGAGCUCUCUUACCUCGGUUCACUCGGAAGCUGCCACCAAACGAAAGAGUCAGGACUUCGAAAAGGGAAAAUCGCCAGAGGCUGAAAUGCAGUCCCCGGAGGCUGAAAUGCGGUCACCAGAGGCUGAAAUGCGGUCGCCGGAUGGUCUAGAAAACAGAGAGACGGUUGUCUUGAGGGAAAAGCCUCCGUCUGGUCGCCAAACCCCACAGCCUUUGAGACACCAGUCAUAUAUCCUGGCAGUAAAUGACCAAGACACUGGAUCCGACACUACCUGCUGGCUACCUAAUGAUGCCCGUCGAGAGGUCCAUAUAAAGAGAAUUGAGGAAAGGAAGGCAUCGAGCUCCAGCCUACCUGGCGAUUCCUUGGCAUCCAUUCCAUUCAUAGAUGAGCUGACUAGCCCUAGCAUUGACCAUGAUAUUGCACACAUUCCUGCUUCUGCUGUUAUUUCGGCGUCCACGUCUCAAGUACCCACCCUAGCAUCAGGCCCGGCCAGCCUCACGCCUCCAACCCCUUUAAUUCGACAUCGGCUUUCACCUGACCACGAUGAGCCAACUAGCCCUAGCAUUGAUCGUGAUAUCGCACACAUUCCUGCCUCUGCUGUUAUUUCUGCAUCAACAUCUCAAGUACCCACGCUCGCAUCAGGCCCUCCCAGCAUCACAACGUCAGUCCCUUUAAUUCGACGUCAGCUAUCUCAUGACCAUGAAUCCGUGGGGUCUCCUCUCCUAGAUGCCCAGUCCGGUGCUAAAACUGAGAGGUCGAAGUCGUACGAUGAAGGGCUGGAUGAUUAUAAAGAAACAGGAUUGUCUUUUCAGCCUUCUAGCCUGAAAGGAAUCAAGGUUUUAGACAGCCAAAAGUCUUCAGAAGAUUCUGAAUCUAGAAAAGAUUCCUCUUCAGAAGUUUUCAGUGAUGGUGCAAAAGAAGGCUGGCUCCAUUUCAGACAACUGGUUACAGAUAAAGGGAAGCGAGUUGGAAGCAUUCGGCCAUGGAAACAGAUGUACGUUGUCCUUCGGGGCCACGCGCUUUACUUGCACAAAGAUAAGAAGGAGCAAACAACUCCAUCUGAAGAAGAACAACCCAUCAGCGUGAACGCGUGCUUGAUUGACAUCUCCUACAGUGAAACCAAGAGGAAAAAUGUAUUUAGGCUGACCACUUCAGACCACGAGUACCUAUUUCAGGCGGAGGACAGAGAUGACAUGCUGGCAUGGAUCAAGACCAUCCAGGACAGUAGCAACCUGAACGAAGAGGACACUGGAGUUACUAAUAGGGAUCUAAUUAGCCGGAGAAUUAAGGAAUAUAGCAGUCUGAUGAGUAGCAAAGCAGAGCCAUUGACAAAAACACCUCGCCCAAGCAUCAGGCAGACUUUGCUUGGCACUAAAUCGGAACCAAAGACACAGAGUCCACAUUCUCCAAAGGAAGAGUCAGAAAGGAAGCUCCUCAGCAAAGAUGAAACCAGUCCCCCAAAAGGCACCUGGAGAAAAGGGAUCCCCAACAUCAUGCGCAAAACCUUUGAAAAGAAGCCGACUGCAGCAGCAACAUUUGGCGUCAGGUUGGACGACUGUCCCCCAGCUCAUAACAACAGGUACAUUCCACUAAUAGUAGACAUAUGCUGCAAAUUGGUCGAAGAAAGGGGACUCGAGUACACGGGGAUCUACCGAGUUCCGGGAAAUAAUGCAGCCAUUUCAAAUUUACAAGAAGAACUGAACAAGGGCAUGGUGGACAUUGACAUUCAUGAUGAAAAAUGGCGAGAUCUGAAUGUAAUAAGUAGUUUGCUGAAGUCGUUUUUUAGAAAACUCCCCGAACCGCUUUUCACGAAUGAUAAAUAUGCAGACUUCAUUGAUGCAAAUAGGAAAGAAAAUCCUCUUGAGCGCCUGAAAACUUUAAAGAGGCUGAUCCACGACUUGCCUGACCAUCACUAUCAAACGCUUAAAUUUCUCUCCGCUCACCUGAAGACUGUGGCAGAAAACUCUGAGAAAAACAAGAUGGAACCCAGGAACCUAGCUAUAGUGUUUGGUCCUACCCUGGUUAGAACCUCAGAAGACAAUAUGACAAACAUGGUCACACACAUGCCUGACCAGUACAAAAUUGUAGAGACCCUCAUUCAACAUCACGACUGGUUUUUCACCGAAGAAGGUGCCGAAGAGCCCCUCACAACUGUACAGGAGGAAAACACUGUAGAAUCUCAGCCUGUGCCAAACAUAGAUCAUUUACUCACCAACAUUGGAAGGACGGGAGUCUCUCCUGGAGACGUAUCAGAUUCAGCCACUAGUGACACAGCCAAAUCUAAGGGUUCUUGGGGAUCUGGAAAGGAUCAGUAUAGCAGGGAACUGCUUGUAUCCUCCAUCUUUGCAGCUGCAAGUCGGAAGAGAAAGAAAACAAAAGAGAAAGCCCAACCGAGCAGCUCAGAAGAUGAAUUAGAUAAUGUGUUUUUCAAGAAGGAAAUUGCAGAACAGUCUCACGGUGACGCCACUAAAAAAGAUGGUGACGGGCUGGGAAGAAAACAAAGGGUCUCGAUUUCGAAAGAAAGCAGUACUAAAAAAGACCCGCAUGGGGCAAAAGACAAGAAAAUGUCCCUAAGAAAAGGAAGCACGGGGUCUGAAGAACCCUCCCCGCCGUACAGCUCAAAGCACGCCAAGUCUCCCAAUCUCAGCUGCCGCUUGACCGCUCCGAGGGAUGAUCCAAAAACCCCGGUGCCGCAAACCUCCUCUCAGCUGGAGGAGACUGUGUCUGACUCCGGCACCCUGCUGAGCACUUCAUCCCAGACUUCCCUGCCCCGAUUUUCCGGUAAGAAACUGACCAGCCCAGAAAUGAAACGGGGUGAGUUUUUUGCCAACGUCACCUCGGACUAUUCGACCGCCUCAUCCACCACGUACCAGGCGGGCCUCGACUCGAGCAGGCUGAGCCCGGAGGUGCAGUCGGUGGCGGAGAGCAAGGGGGACGAGGCGGACGACGAGAGGAGCGAACUGGUCAGCGAAGGCCGCCCCGUGGAAACGGAUAGCGAAAGCGAAUUCUCCAUUUUCACCCCGAGCUUUGCCUCCGACAGAGCCUUCAGGGGGAAGAUGCAAGAGACGGCCAAGACGAGCCGGCGAAACUCGGAAGGAAGCGAGGUGAACUGUACCGAGGGUAGCCUCACCCCAAAUCUGGACGGCCGCAGGCAACAGUUCAGUUCCCACAGACUGAUCGAAUGUGAUACGCUGUCUAGGAGGAAGUCUGCUCGGAUCAAGUCAGACAGCGAAGGCCCGGGGGAUGGCAAGAUGGAGCGGGAGACCCCGUCGGUGACGAAGAUGUUUGACGUGAUGAAAAAAGGAAAAUCAACGGGGAGUUUGGUCCUGUCUGCCAGAAGCGAGUCUGAGAAGCAGGAGCCCACGUGGAGGAUUAAAAUCACCGACCGGCUAAAACUGCGGCUCAAGGCGUCGGCCGACGACAUGUUUGGGAUCGGAAGUCAGAAGGCCGGUUCGGCGGACAGCGCCAAGAGGAAAAACAUCAGGCGAAGGCACACCCUUGGAGGGCAGAGGGAUUUUGCUGAGAUCAGUGUUCUGAAUGCUUGGAAAGUCCACGAGGGGAGCCCGAGCAGGGAGAGGGAGUUUGAACUGUCCGCCGUGAAUCGGUUGAAGCCCAAGUGUCCGGCCCAGGACCUCUCCAUUUCGGACUGGCUCGCCCGGGAGCGUUUGCGCACUAGCACAUCGGACUUGAACGCGGGGGAGAGCGGAGACCCCAGGCUCGGGAACCCGAGCCGGGCGGACGUGUCUGGGGCGGACCUCCCUUUCUCCGUCCAGCUUCGAGCAGACGAAGGCAGCUCCCCCAGCACCUUGACUUUAGCCAGCCGGCCCUGUCUCUCCACCCCGUCGCAGGCCCCCGACCAGAUCAAUGGUGAGAGCUUCCAGAACAUGAACAAAAACAACUUCAGCGCUGCCGUUGACGCCCAUCCUCACAAACUGUCUGGAACCCAGGUCGUUAAGUCACGAUUCUAUCAGUACCUUUGAACCCGGGACUGACGUCUAAGCACAGCUACACAAAGAGCCACUGUUACAUGUUCCAGUAACCCUGUAUAUAUUUUCCUGUACCAGAAUUGUUAUUAUUAUACAGCCUUCAUUUGGGCUGAUUUCACCGAUAUGCACUGUGGAAAGUCUUUACGGUGCAUCACUACAGCCAGAAGAACAUAAAAUUAAGAGCAUAUAUGUAUAUGUAUAUAUACACACAUAUAUAUGUGUGUGUGUAUAUAUAUAUAUAUAUAUAUUUGAAAAGUAUAUCAGAUGGUUGCAGACAAAUAAGUGAAUUAUCUGCUGUGACACGCUAUGUAGUGUAUACAAGGUUUUAUGACGGAAGAUUGCUGAAUACCACAGCUGGCAUUAGUAUGCAGAAAACUUGUUCCUUUGGUUUAGUCACUAACAAAAGUGCCUCAUCAUAAAAAUUCAUUUGGCUUAUUAGGGUGCCAUAUUGUUUAUUGUUAAAUUAGAGAACUCACCGCGAACACAUGGAUGCGUUUUGUGGGAAACACGUUGCGUUACAGUGUAUCGAUUUUAAAAACAGAUGGAUACAGAGCUUCCAUUCUUUAGGCAUUCCAGUUGGAUCUCUGAGUUUUAUAUUCCAAUUUUAAUACCGUUUUUGAGUUUUGUGUGACUUGAAUUUUUAAUCUUUCUGUAAAAGAAGUAACUUAAAUGAACAUAUUAUAUGUGUAUCUGUUCUUCAGGUACCAGAUUUGAUUUAAUGUUGUUUAACAUAAGCGUGUAAAGGCGUGUAAAUAGUGGAUCCUGGAUGCAACUGGCUUCUUUUAUUCAGAAGAAUAAAAAUCUGCAUGAAGACUGAAUGAAUCCGAACCCGUGUUAUGCCUGUGUGCAUACAAGUAAACACUGGAAAUAAAAUUAAAGUUUUGGUGAA